AUGGCGCAGCCGGCGGGCCCCGUGGCCCGACACAGCGCGGUCAGCAGGGAGCGCUUUCGGCAGGACAUUUACCCGCUGAGAAAGCCAGCAGUGCUGAAAGGAAUAGACUUGGGCACUUGCACAACCAAAUGGACACUGGAUUACCUCAGCCAAACAGCAGGCACUAAAGAAGUAAAGAUUCAUGUUUCCACAGUGCCACAGAUGGACUUCCUCAGUAAGAACUUUGUAUAUAGAACAUUGCCCUUUGAUGUGUUUGUACGGAGAGCAGCUGAAGUCAAACAUAACAAGUACUUUAUAUCUGAGGAUGAGAAAUACUACUUGCGAUCACUGGGUGAAGACCCACGAAAGGAUAUUGCAGAUAUCAGAAAGCAGUUUCCUUCAUUAGCAGAAGAUAUUCAGAUCCCAGAAUAUUUUGAAAAGGAACAGUUCUUCUCCAGUGUCUUCCGCAUCAGCUCAGCAGGACUGCAACUCUGGACACACUAUGAUAUAAUGGAUAACUUCUUAAUCCAGAUAACCGGGAAAAAAAGAGUUAUACUGUACAAUCCUCGAGAUGCACCAUAUUUGUAUUUAGCAGGCACUAAAUCAGAGGUCCUAAAUGUGGAUAACCCAGACCUGGAGAAAUAUCCCCUUUUUAUGAAAGCCAGGCGCUAUGAAUGUUCUCUUGAAGCAGGCGAUGUGUUGUUCAUUCCAGCUUUAUGGUUCCAUAAUGUAAUUUCUGAAGAAUUUGGAGUGGGAGUGAAUGUCUUUUGGAAGCAUCUUCCUUCUGAGUGCUAUGAUAAAACAGACACUUAUGGAAACAAAGAUCCUACAGCUGCUUCCAGAGCUGUGCAGAUUUUGGACAGGGCUUUGAAAACACUGGAGGAACUGCCUGAGGAAUAUAGGGAUUUUUAUGCCCGGAGAAUGGUUUUACGCAUCCAAGAAAAAGCCUAUAGCACUAACUAUGAAUAAACAGUCAACAAGUCAACCAAACUCCUCUGAAAGUAGGGAGAAGUACAGAUAUGGAUACUGUACCUGAAGACACUUUGAGAAGACUUUAAUAAAAACA